AUGCAACGUGGUCUGCUGAAUGGCGGUUCAUACAUGGCCCUGGGCCAGGUAUACCAAGGUACAACUCUUCCUAACAAAAAGAGUGAUAUAAAGAAAAUUCUACACAUUGGUGGAGUUGCAAGAAAGAAGUUAGCACCAUUUUUCAAGGAAAAUAUGUCCGACAUGACAGAGGUUUUAACUGAAAACUCAAUUUUGGAAAAGAUUGAGAAGAAAGAACUGAAGAAGAUGCCUUCCCUAAAUGCUGAAGAAACUGCACUACUGAGCAUGGAUGACAUCGAGUUGAAGAACAUCCAACUGCAGUUCCCGAGCUCUCGGCGCUUCAGCGGCGACGGCGGCUGCGUGGAAGUGCGCGUGCGCACUGAUCGCGGUGACAUCAUGGUUGCCGUCCAAGGUGAUCGCUCUAAGCCCGCGAUUUUUACUUACCAUGACCUCGGCUUAAACUACAUCUGUUUCCAACCGUUCUUCAACUUCGUGGACAUGCGAGCUCUACUGGAGAACUUCUGUGUAUAUCACAUCAAUGCCCCGGGGCAGGAAGAGGGCGCCCCGAGUCUUCCUGAAGAUUACAUUUACCCAACAAUGGAUGAACUGGCCAACCAACUCAACUACGUGCUGGGUCAUUUCGGCAUAAAAUCGUUUAUUGGUUUUGGUGUAGGUGCGGGCGCAAACAUCCUCGCAAGAUUUGCUCUCGCUCACCCCCAAAAGGUGGAUGCUCUAGCCUUGAUCAAUUGUACUUCAAAUCAAGCCGGUUGGAUUGAGUGGGCUUACCAGAAGAUGAACUCGCGCUCACUGCGCUCUCGCGGGAUGACUCAGGGCGUCCUUGAUUACCUCAUGUGGCAUCAUUUUGGCAGGUACCCAGAGGAGCGCAACCACGACCUCGCUCAGAUGUACCGCGCUUACUUCACGCGUAACGUGAACCCGACCAACUUGUCGCUGCUGAUCGACGCGUACGUGCGCCGCUCCGACCUGGGCAUCGCGCGGGACUCGGCCACCAUCCGUGCGCCUGUGCUCAACGUUACCGGGGCGCUCUCGCCGCACGCCGACGACACCGUCACCUUCAACGGCCGCCUCCAGCCCACCAACUCCACUUGGAUGAAAAUCUCCGAUUCCGGCAUGGUGCUCGAAGAGCAGCCCGGCAAAAUCUCGGAAGCUUUUCGUCUCUUCUUACAGGGAGAGGGUUACGUGGCGCCGCUGUCGCCGACGAAGAUCGUCGCGUUCCGGCGACUGUCGGACGCUGGUCGUCGCCGUCCCUGCCGUCACUCGCCCGUAAUCCGUAUCACUGAGAACCCUAUAUCGGAAGCGGUAGUCUGCUAA